UCCCUGCAAAAGCUGUGAAUGUUAUACUUGUGUCACCCAGGUCACUUCUCCUGUUCUAGCACAACUCGGUCGCUAACAUCAUCGUCAUUGAUGGGCAGACACCAAGCACGAUAGAGCACCAUUGACACCCAGCCCGCAGCCAACAUAUGCAGAGCAGCCGAUGUCUCAGAGCAGCCACUUCAGCAACCAACUGCCCCACAGCGACACACACAUCCCUCCGUUCCUCUUCCCCUCCACCCACCCACAAGGCACCUAACGGCCACUCACCGAAUGGCAUUCAUCCACGGGUUACAUGGACAUACCUCACUGUGCCACUGCCACCCACAUCUUUGGGCACAAUAAGCCGAUAUGUUUCGCCCUGACGCAUCAAGAGAAGCACUUCACCCAACCAUGUCGGCUGAGAAGCUGCACUCGUAGAGAGUCUCCUGUGGAGUACUUUAGCGUUGCCAUCGAACGCAUCACGCCACUCGGUCCAGGUGAUCGGUACUUGCUGAUCGGCAGAAGGUGUGCUCCCCGUACCCUGCUGCACCACCUUGUACUGCACUCCCGACGGCAAUCGCUUGAAGACAUCACUGAGCAAUGACAGACAAGACAGCGAGUGAGGACAGACGCCAGUGCGCUCUGUGCUGUCGGUAUCUUACAGUGGCUGCUGCCCGGGUGUUGUCUGCCCGAGGCCACCGCUGAACGAUCAAGAAUGCAGAGAAUCAGCACGCGAUUGUCGGUCCUUCCGCGUCGUCUAAGACUCACAAUGUCUGAUGUGCUUUGCUGGCUUUGGGGCUCUCGUCGGUGAGGCCGUACAUAAACGCAUUGAUGUCGAACGCAUCCUGCUCAGUGGGAUCGGCCAUUUUGAGCACCACAGCCAUCUCAGCCGCCGACGCGCCAAGCCGUUUACGGCGGUAGUGAUCGACCAUACGGCUGACGUGGUCGGCCUGGACAUCCUCCACUGGACGAGACCACCUGCGCACCAAACACAAAGCAGCGAUGGACCGUCGUGCGUAUUGAGUAUCUGUCUGGUGCUUACAUGUCAACGCGGUUCCGAAGUUUGUCGCUCAUUUCGUCGACGGUGGACUGUGUGGUGCUGAUUUUCUCUCCACAAACCUCCACCGAGCGAAUCGAUUCGUUGCCACUCACAGGUCGCAGAAACGGUGUGACGGCCUGAUCCACACAUACAGGAAGAGCAUCGGACUAUAUGUAGCUCGUCCUCUUGCCGCUGCUUUCUGAUGCUCACCUUGAUUUCGUUGUCGAGGUUUUCGCCUCGUCGUUUGGCGGCCGCUAGCUCACCCUCCAGCCGGGCCUCCUCUGCAGCAAAAGCCUUGACGAAGCUGUCGACCACUUUCAUGAAGUCAGCGAGGCUCUUGGGAGUCCCAGUGGACGACACCGUCGGCUCAAUGAUGGUACCAGCGGUCCCUGCAGCAGUCGAGUCGAUUGGUGACAGCAUCAACUUGAUCCAGUAAUCGUGAAGCCCUGCGUGAACAUACCGCACACACACAGAGAGAGAGAGAGAGAGAGAUGUGGACAAAUGAACAAGGAAACCUCUCCCUCUCACUUUGUUCACUCACCAGUGAAGUUGCGCCUUCUUGCGUCUUCGAGCAGGUGGCUGAUGGAGGCCUGCGUGUCAGCCGUCCGGACGGUGGCGCUUCGGAUAGUUUCGGCAGCCAAGAUGGCCGUGUGGAUGACCUUGAAGGCGGCCGAAUCCACAUCGACGAACAUGCGCUCUUUCUUGUCCCUGUCGGUGAGCUUGAUGAAACGGCCGUCACAGCUCCCACCGAACAGAGUGGCCAGCAGGGUCCCCUCGACGCCCCCUCCUUGCGUGAGGCGCUGACGCUUCACUCUCAGCUCGUAACCGCCCACAUCGAGCAGCAGCACGUCGCCAGGCGAGGCCUUUGCCGCAUCUGAGGCGCCGUGUUUCUGCCGCUCUUGCUGGGCGUCAUUGUCAGCUUGUUUGAUUUGUUUAUGAAGGGAUUCGAUGGCGUCGCUGGCCUUGGUCGUGGGAACGUGGAGUUGGUUGAAAAUGGAGAUGACGCUGAAUUUCUGGGCUGACAGCUCGGCCUGCAUCUUCGGUAUGAGUCACCAAACGUCGCUGCAUCAGCAGCACACACAUACAAAAGUCGAUUUAUCGGCAGAUCUGCGUCCUUUGUCGUGAUGUAGCACUCCUUGACCCACCUCAUGCUCGCCCCUGGUGCUCUUUCGCCUAGCC